UAGGCUGCUUUAUCAUUACAUAAUCCUUUUGAUCAUUUUAUGAAAUCAAGGUAUCAUCUCCCCUCUUCCCCCUUCCCUCUCAGCUUGACUGUCCAUAUGUAUAUAUAUAUACAUAUAUAAUAACUUUGUACAAGCCACUUUGAAGUUUGGGGGGUACCAGGUUUUAUUAAAAAAAAAUCACCGGGUUUCGAUGACAAGGACCUUGUCUUUACAAACAACAAACGAACUGACAUGGGCGAUUUAGAUGACCAGCUCCAGGCAAACACCUACAUCUGGAGCCAAAGUGAUGACCAAGUUACUUUGUCUUUCCUUGUUCCCGAAACAUGCCACUCGAAGGACUUUGAUAUCGUCAUCAAGGCUCAAUAUGUCAAGGCCGGUCUGAAAGGGCAACCUCCCGUCAUACAGGGAAAACUGUUUGCUCCCGUAAACCAUUUUGCCUCAUUGUGGCAAAUUGAAAAGAACUCAAUGUCACCCGUGUCAUCAAUGACAACAUCACCUUCACUUUCAAUUGCAUCUUCGUAUGCCUUCAUGUCCUCGCCAAACCACUCGCCCAACUCUUCCAUGAUUUUGCCAGCGCCGGCGCUUGCUGAAUCAAGCACCCUUGACCAUUCUGCUGCUAACCUUGCAGAAUUACUUCAACAGACAGCUGCGCUCGGCUCAUCAUCACCUUCCCCCGAUGUGUCCCAGCCAUCGUCGCCAAUUAUGGCUACCCCACCCCACAUUGAGACACCUCCCCUGCAAGGGCAGUCACAUUGCCAGCCAACAACUAAAUAUCGUAUUCUCACACUUCACCUCGAGAAGGAAGAAGAGGGUUUGACAUGGGCAGUGCCGAUUUCUGGAAGCUUAGAGCCCAACACAAUGGAGUUAGAUCCUACAAGUGCCUUCCAUCUUGGCGUGUGGUUGGAAGCACGUAUGGGACACAUGGAGAAAGCAUUGGACUUUUAUCUUAGUGCAGCCCAACGUAAUUACACACGUGCUAUGAUCAAGGUGGCUGCUCUUUAUGAGUUCAGUUUCAUUAACAGUAAUCUCCAGGCUGAUAGUGAGGUAGUUGGUAGUGGUAAGACAACCCACUCAGUACCUCGCGAUCCGGUCAAGGCAUUCGAGUGGUACAAGAGAGCAGCCGAUAUGCCUGAGCAAGCUGUCGGUGCCAACAGCAGCAGUGGACCUGACCCCCUUGCCUGUUAUAUUGUCGGAAGUACAUACGGAUCUGGAUCAACAGAAGCCGGUGUAGAAAAGAGCUAUGUUGAUGCACUGGCAUACUUCAACCGCUGUAUGGCCAUUACGUCCCCUAAAAUUGAUAUUGAUUUUGGUGUGUUGGAUGGAAAGAUCCCCAAAUCAGCUUUACGUAACCAUGCUCCACACACCAGAGACGAAAGAUACUUUUGCAGUGCGGCUUUCCAGACAGGUCUUAUGUAUCUUUAUGGAUCUUCACCAGCUGGUGAACAAGUGCAUUCGGUCACUACUGUCGAAUCAGACCCUCAGCUGGCCAUUCGAUACUGGCAAGAGGCUGGUGUACUGGGUCACGCACAGGCAUGUUACAACCUUGGUAUUCUGUAUGCCAAUAGUAUGGGUGUCGAGCAGGAUUUGUUCGAAGCUGGCAAGUGGUUCGGUCGUGCAGGUAAACUGGAUCCGACUGGAAAGCUCGUGGUACCUGAGGGUGUCAGUCCAGUGAUGGAUUGGGAUGCUAUUCCAGAAACAACCAAAACCAAGCCUGUGGAACUCAAUAGCAAGCCGCGCCGUAAGAAGAGAAGAGCUGUUCGUAAAGCUAAAGACACCGAGACCGACAGCAACGUUUUGUCUAUCGUAUUGGCCCUCAGUUCUGUAUUGACAGUGGCGGGCAUAGCAUGGUGGUAUUAUAGAAGACACCGUAACUAAAAAGAUAUAAAUAUAUAAAUAUAUAAAUAUAUAAUAUUAUAAAAUAGUAUAAAAUAAAAUCAAAUAAAAUAAUAAUUCACGAUUAAAUAAACAGAAAAAGAAAACAAAAUAUGCCAAAUAGAGCGUAUAACC